ACGAUGGACGGUGGAGAUGCAGUGGUUCCCGAAUUCCGCACUACACUACUUGAUAAGUGACGGGAGAGAAGCAUCGAGAACUCUGAAAAACAGAUGAGAAUCAUCCUCCAACGGGGACGACUCACUGCUGCCGCUGCUGGUGGAGUGGCUCCACUUCUUAGACCUCCCUCCAACCCGAACCCUGCUCCAAGAUCUCUCUCCUUCCGCGCUCGAACCCCAAUCACACACUUCAUCGCUUCCCUAUCCCCAUCGCUUCUCUUCUCUUCCUCUAGAAUGGCCGACGCCGCCUGCGCUACGAUUUCCUCGCUAUCUACUGUUUGCCCCGAUGAUCCCGCUCCACUCGUUUCGUUCGCGUUGUCUCCCUCCUCUGCUCUCAAAAUCCAGAAAGGAGACAUCACCAAGUGGUUCGUCGACGGCUCUUCUGAUGCUAUCGUUAAUCCAGCAAAUGAGCGAAUGCUUGGAGGUGGUGGUGCAGAUGGGGCCAUACAUAGAGCUGCUGGUCCAGAACUUCACGCUGCUUGCUACAAUGUCCCGGAAGUGCAACCUGGAAUUCGCUGCCCUACCGGAGAAGCAAGGAUUACCUUUGGUUUUAAAUUGCCUGCAUCCCAUGUAAUUCAUACGGUUGGGCCCAUUUAUGACAUGGACAGUAACCCUGAAGCUUCUCUGAAAAAUGCAUACAGGAACAGCUUAAGGGUGGCUAAAGAGAAUAAUAUUCAAUACAUUGCUUUUCCUGCCAUCUCUUGUGGUGUUUAUCGGUAUCCUUUUGAUGAAGCUGCCAGGGUAGCCGUAUCUUCAGUUACUGAGUUUGCAAAUGAGUUCAAAGAGGUGCAUUUUGUUUUGUUUUUGGAUGAGAUUUACAAUGCUUGGGUGGAAAAAGCAAAGGAGAUACUGAAGAAUUGAAGAUGCAGAAUGCACAGGAUACUCCAAUCUCAUGUUAAUAUAUUAUUAUGUGUGGCAACAAAUCCUACGGAAUUAUGCAUAAAGUUACCAAGGAACGGGGUUUUAUCCUUUUCUAGUCGGUUUCUGUUUUCUGGGAAAAAUGUAAAAAAAAAAAAAAACAAGUGUGACCCUGGAAAUUGUCUAUGUAUGGAGUCUUGUUUUGUUAAGAGUGGUAUUGUACUGGGGAUUGUAUCUGUUGAGUAAUGUAUCAAUCUGCACAAUUACAUUUCCAAAUAAUCAUUUAUUGCCAGCUUCUA